AUGCAUUGCCAACUGAGUAAGGGAUCAAUCGUCUUUUCAAUGCUUAUUAUUCUGGAGUUGAAGGAUGCUUUCGCUGUUGAAUGGACAGCAGAUGAUAAAUUAGAGAGCCAGUUUCUGGAAGAUAUGGAUUUUGUAUCAGAACACUCCAAGUACAUUGAAAAAGAUUCUGGUUCAAGUAAAGUUCUACCAAAGUUUGCUAGGAAACGUUACGACAUGUCAGCUCCGAUGUACAGAUCAUCAAAUAGUAAACCAUCAUGUUCUUGUCAUAUCAAUUACCAAGCAGUCGAUUUGGGAAGAGGAUAUCUCCCAAGGUAUAUUCAGAUUGGUGCAUGUAAAAAUGAUUCUUGUGAAAAACAUUACCAGUGUGUAGAGAAGACCUACAAAGUUAAAGUUCUGAAACGAAAAGGUGUUAAAACCACAGAAGAUGCUUCCCUGAUGUCUGUACAAAAUAAUUUUCAAGAUUUUUGGACUAUUGAGAUAAUUCCUGUAGUUGUGAGUUGUGAAUGUAUUGCCGAGUUUCAUAUGGUCUAUCAGGAGUAGCACAACAUUGAAAAACUGCUCGAUUUCAUAUGACUUAUGCAAAAAAACUAUACUUGAUUUCAUAUAAUGAAUAUUAAAAAAAUUGAGGCACACUAAAUCGACUAAAUCUCAUUUCAAUAACCUGACAAUGUGAAUUAGUAGUACUAUGUAUAGUGUAACAAAAAAUGCCAUGGAUGUGUGUUAACAAUCACCAAGUCAGGCAUGAAUUAGUAGUAGCAACAGUAAAUUAUCAUGAGUGAUAACUGUAGGCUACUCACAUGUUAUAUAUCCUAAGUCGUUUAUUAGCAUAGUGAUGUCAUUGCAGAUGUCUUAACCAUGACGAUAUAAUAAACAUUGUGAUUUGAGAUUACCUAAAAGGUGCAUCUUUGGUAUUAUUCAUUAUUCCUGAUAAUUAUCUACACUCCU